UCAUGGAAUGAAGCAAAACUUGAUUUCUGUCCCUCCCUUACGAGUACAUGCUUGUGACGUUGAGCUCCUUUAAUCAUUUCUUGUGACUAAGUUACCAGUUAACAGCUCUACACAGAGAAAACGAUGGCAGGGAUUCAUCUACAACGAGACGUGUUCUGCUGCUCGGUAUGCUCGAACCUUCUUACUAAUCCAGUGACCGUACCUUGUGGCCACUGCUUCUGCAUGAGCUGCAUCAACAAUCAUUUGGAUCAAAAGGAUCAUGUGGGGAUCUACAGCUGCCCUCAGUGUAGAGAUAUCUUUGUAAAGAGACCUGUGCUGGUUAAAAAUACCAUGAUAGCUGUUGUAGUGGAGCAGCUGAAGAAGACAGAAGCCCAAGCUCUUGUGGAGGAGCAGAAUACUCGAUUUGGGGUGAAAAAGCCUUUUGUCCAAGGCCACGUUUCUAUCGACGAUUGCUAUGCUCGACCUGAAGAUGUAGCCUGUGAUGUCUGCUCUGAGAGAAAGUUCAAAGCUGUCAAAUCCUGUCUUCAGUGUUUGGUUUCUUAUUGUGGGACUCAUCUCCAACCUCACAAUGACGUGCCCCCCUUGAGGAAGCACAAGUUGGUGGAAGCAACUGCAGAUCUUCAGGAGAAUGUCUGCUCACAGCAUCAAGAAGUCAUGAAGAUGUUCUGCCGCACUGAUCAGCGCUGCAUCUGUUACGUCUGCUCCAAGGACGACCAUCAUGGCCACAACAAAGUCUCCAUAGAAGCCGAAAGGAUUGAGAGGCAGAAAGAACUUCAGUCAGCUCGGCAAAGAAUCCAGCUGAGAAUCCAGGAGAGAGGAAAAGACCUGAGUGUUUUUCAACAGGAAGAAGAUGCAAUUAAUGAAUUUACUGACGAUGCACUGGCUAACGCUGAGAAGGUUUUCACAGAACUCAUUUAUACAAUUGAGAAAAAACUCUCCCACAUUAAGGAAAGCCUUCAGUCACGGCAGAACUCCGAGGUGGGUCGGUUCACAACGGUGCGGGAUAGAGUGAAGAAAGAGUUUGACGACUUGAACAGAAAAGAUGCCAAGCUAGACGAGCUUUCACGCACAGAGAACCACAUUCAUUUUGUGGUAAAUUUUCCUUCACUGAGUCAUCUUGAUGAUUCUAAGUACCAACCGACUCACAGGUUUCGCCGUCAGAGGAACUUUGAGCAGGUGACGGUGGCUGUGGCCGAGGCCAGAAAUAAACUACAGGAGGCUCUUAACGAAGAAUACGAAAAGAUUCAGAAUGCAAUAACUGGAACCAAUGGUUUACCAUCAGUUGCUCAUGCAGAGCAAGCGGCGGCUGUUUUUGAGACCAGUCAUGACUUCAUGCAGAAAAACAAAGACCCGGGUCAAACCAGCAAUCAUCUUGUUCGAAGCACGUCUCAAAUCAGUUUGAACAACCUUGAGUUUGAGAAGCCUUCACCUCACACUUUACUGGCCAGAGCUAGCACCAAGGACAAACUAAACAAUUUUCAGAAUAGAGCCAACUUCUUAAAGUAUGCAAAAGACAUCACAUUGGAUCCAAGUACUGCAAACCUACAUCUGGCAAUAACCAACGAGAACAGAGAAGCUGUGUUUGUGGGGGAAGAGCUGGCGUAUCCUAGCCACCCAGACAGGUUUGCAUAUUCCUGGCAGGUCCUGAGUCGAGAGUGUUUCACUGGCCGCUGCUACCUGGAAGUGGAGAGGAGUGGGAAAGGAGUCAUGGUGGCACUCGCUUACAAGAACAUCAGCAGAGCCGGGACCUUCAACGAAUGCAUGUUCGGGCAAAACAACAAGUCCUGGGCUUUAGAUUGUUUCAAAAACAGUGGUGAGUUCAGGCAUGACUCGGUCAAAACUUCCAUCCCCGGCAUUUGGUCCUCCAGAAUCGGAGUGUACCUGGAUCACCAAGCUGCUCCUGCUGAUCACUGCUAUGCUGGACCUGAAGAUGUGUCCUGUGAUGUCUGCUCUGGAAGAAAACUGAAAGCCAUCAAGUCCUGUUUAGUCUGUCUGGCCUCUUACUGUGAGAAACACCUUCAGCCUCAUUAUGAGUCAGCUCCAUUUCAGAAACACAAGCUGGUGGAGCCCUCCAAGAACCUCCAGGAGAACAUCUGCUCUCGUCAUGAUGAGGUGAUGAAGAUGUUCUGCCGUACGGAUCAGAAGUGUAUCUGUUAUCUCUGCUCUGUGGAUGAACAUAAAGGCCACGACACAGUCUCAGCUGCAGCAGAAAGAGCAGAGAAGCAAAGAAAAACUGAAGCAAAUCGUGAAAACGUCCAACAGCAAAUCCAUCAGGCAGAGCAAGAGGUAAAACUGCAAGAGAAGAAGGUGGAUACUAUCAAUCAUUCAGCUGAUAAGUCAGUGGAAGCGUGUGAGAAGGUUUUGACUGAACUGAUCCAUCUCGUCCAUCAAAGGAUUUCUUAUGUGAGGCAGUUCUUAAGAUCAAAACAGGAAACUGACGUGAAUAAAGCAAAAAAACAACAAGACAAACUGGAGCAGAAGAUCGCUGGGCUGAAGAGGAAAGAAGCUGAGCUGAAGCAGCUCUCAGACACAGAGGAUGACAUCGUGUUCCUAAAAAUAUACAAACCACAGUUCCUCAUGCCCUUUUUGGUAUGUCCACAUAUUAAAAUGGCCGAGUUCUUCUCCUGGUCUCUUCAUGAAUUACAGGAAGCUUUGCCGGAGGUUGAACGAACCGUGCUGGAGAUUGCAACAAACCGGUGGAUGGAGAUCUCAGUCACAGAAAUCAAAGCAGGUGCUUCACCGGAGGAGCCCAGCAUCAAAAACGAGCUCUUGAGGCACUCCCAGAACAUCUCCCUGGAUUCAGACACGGCAAACGAGUACGUGUCUGUGAGAGGAAACAAAGCAGUCAAAAAAGAGAUGAAGCAACAUUCUUCGGAUAAACCUAAACGGUUUGAUAGUCGCUGCCAGGUCCUGAGCAGACAGAGCCUGAACGAACGGAGCUACUGGGAGGUGAAGUGCAGCGGAGCCGUUUCUGUAGCGGUUGCUUAUGAGAACAUCAGCAGGACUGGGUGGGACAGUGAAUGUGGAUUUGGGUUCAACGAGAACUCCUGGGCUUUAGAGUGCUGCAAAUUCAUGUAUUUAUUUAGACACAACAAUGCCCUGACUCUCAUCUCCGGCCCACGUUCCUCCAGGAUCGGAGUGUACCUGGACCACAGAGCAGGUGUUCUGUCCUUCUACAGCGUCUCUGAAACCAGGACUCUCCUCCACAGAGUCCAGACCACGUUCACUCAGCCGCUCCACGCUGGAGUUGGGCUUCACAAGACCGGGGACUCUGCUGAGCUCUGCAAACUCAGAUCAGUUCGUUUCUGA